AUGACUGACCCAGAGCAACAAGAACCAAUAACCUACACUACCCACCACCUCUCGAUCCCAUCUGGUUUAAACCACUCCGAAUUCGACGACUUAAACCCCCUCAUAAGUGAGUUCCAUGCCUAUAGAAUCAGCCCAGGCCAAUGCUCUUCUCUCCUAGCCCAACGUAUAAGCGCACCAAACAACAUCGUUUGGUCAAUUGUUCGCCGUUUCGACAAGCCACAGACCUACAAGCACUUCAUCAGAAGCUGCAGCGUGAGCCCAGGCUUCACAAUGACCGUGGGAUCCACACGAGACGUGAACGUGAUCUCUGGCUUGCCUGCAGCAACAAGCACGGAGAGGCUUGAUAUAUUGGACGAUGAACGGCAGGUCACGGGGUUUAGUAUUAUUGGAGGAGAACAUAGGUUGAGGAACUACAGGUCGGUAACGACAGUGCAUGGGUUCGAACGUGAAGGGAAGAUCUGGACCGUUGUUUUGGAAUCAUAUAUCGUUGAUGUACCAGACGGGAAUACCGAGGAAGACACACGGCUGUUUGCUGACACUGUUGUCAGGCUGAAUCUCCAAAAACUUGCGUCUGUUGCUGAAGUCUUGGCUCGCGACGGUGACGGUACAUAA